AUAAGAUUAGAUAAAGGGUUUAAGAACUCGUGUUUAUCGAUGCCAUUUCUAAGCAUCGCGUCUACUCAAAUGUUGUUCAUUUCUAAACGGCUGUGAUGCGCUUCAUGGACGAAAGGAUGCCGCAUCCUUUUUCCGGAACCAUUCAAUCGUUCCUUCUGAUUUUGGCGCUGUCUGCUUGUUUCACGGCCGCAUCCGAUUGGCAAGCAAAAGUUGAACAACUUGAAGGAAACUAUGUCAAAAUGAAAGAACAUUUUGAAAGCAAAAUCGUUGAUUUGGAGACGAAAGUCAGUCGGCUGGAAGCCAAAGUUAAGAAACAGGAUUCAAUUGUGGCUGUUUUGAAAAAAGGGCACAAACCUUUCACAGACAAUGUCGACAUCAAUCGACAUCGUCGUCACAACGCCACCCUUCGUACUUGCCACGAAAUCCACGCAGCAAAUCCGUCGUACGCCUCCGGCAUGUACUGGAUCGAUCCGGACGGCCAAGGCAUCGGGGAUCCACCAAUCCACGUCCAUUGCGACAUGGUGGCUAAAAAGAAUAGCCGAAUGAAGGUUAUUGCUGAAGAGAUCCAACCAGGUACAACAUCCAUUUUGCAUGACAGCGAGUCGGAAAUGGACAUUGGGCAUUGCGUCGAACCUGGUUGUUACUCGAGAUCAAUCAAAUAUUACGCGAGCGAACGGCAAAUGGCAGCUUUGAUUCAGUUGUCCAACAGCUGCGCCCAAAACAUCACGUAUAACUGCAGAAAUUCGCCUUUGAAUUACGACGGCAUCACCUACGCCUGGUGGAAUGACAAAGACGGUGAAAGGCACCAGUUUGCCGACUGGUUAACUUCCUGUGAUCAACUCUCUGGCAAAAAACACGCAGUUAACGAUGGCGUCAAAGACGGCCGUUUGCCGUUUACACGCGUUCAUUUUAGCAACCCGUUUAAAGGAUCCGGCCAGCACGUCGUGGGUCGGAUGCGAUGCAGCGGGAAGGCAAAAGUGGAGGCAAUGCCGACGUCGUGCCAAGAUUUAUGGCGGAUGGGACACACCCUCAACGCCAUCUACUCCGUCAGGGGAGCUAAACGAAUGGAGAAUGUUUUCUGCCAAUUCGAUAAACGACCUAAUGAACAAGGUUUCCAAAAAUGGAUCGGAUACGUCGACGUCAAAUCGCGGCCGACGUAUUUCCACGUUCAGAAGAACAGGACCUUCUACAGCGAGAAUGUUGCCAUUCCUUUUGAGGUGGAAAAGGUCAACGUCGGCAAUGCCAUGGACUUGAAAACGGGCAUAUUCACAGCUCCACGCGACGGCCUUUAUUUCUUCUCGUUCACCGGUUUGGCCAGCGCUAAACCUUCUAAAGGGACCGUUUUCGCUGCGGUGGGCCUCUUUUUGAACGCUGUACAGGUCGGAGAGGCUUGGGUGCACGAGGCGGACAUCAGCGUCAACCACGACAGUCCACUGACGCUUCAAUCGACGCUGACAUUGAAAGCGCAGGACCGUGUUUGGUUGCAAAUUACGAGCUUAGGGGAUACGGGCUUUCUUUAUGACGACGCCAAUGGCUAUAACCACUUUAAUGGUUUCAUGUUGGACGAAGAAAUUACGCGAUCCCUAUGAGUUCCACCUUCGCAAUAUAGACGUGUUGAAGUGAAUUGACCUUUAUUUGAUUGAUUGUGUGUUGUGAUCUUUUGUAUGCUGCUGAUGUGUUUUUCAGAAACUUUGUGCUCAAGGCGCUUACGUUAUUCGGAAAGGUGUUAUACUAGCCUACGUUUUUCAAUAAAAAGGGUGUGGGUGCAACUAUA